GAUGAAGUAGAGCAGGAUAAGAAGAAACGUAACACAUUGGCAUCUGCCAGAUUCAGGGUGAAGAAGAAACUGAAAGAACAAGAGAUGGAGCGUAAUGUCAAGCUGUUGAGUGAUAGAGUCGCUACUUUCAACGAGCGCAUAAAUCAACUGGAAUUGGAGAAUGCGUGUCUAAAGAGUCUAAUCUUGGAAAAGAAUGAAAAGAAAUCAAAUGAUUUGUUAAGAAGUAUCAAAGAGAAGUCGUUG